AUGAUUGAUGAUGAGUCAACUAAUAAACGUGUAAAACAAUCCUCAUUGACAAACCGUUCUAAUACAUUAGCAAAAAAGAAAUAUAAUAACAAUAAAAACACAAAUAUACACAACAAAUCAAUAAUUACUAAUCAACCAUCUAAUAAGAAACCAAAACCUACCGCUUCAUCUUCACAUGAAAAUAAAAUGUCAGAUAAUCAAGACGCAGAUUAUAGCGGUAGUUAUGAAGGUGUUUCAAAUUCGAAUUCUUCUCAUUCUCAGUCGUCUGGAGCGUCAAGUUUAGAACCAGAUUCAACAUUAUCUGAAAGUUUAUCCCCUACAAAACAUCAUUAUACUUUUAAACAUUCCAUAUCAGAUCAGAAAGAUACACCUAAUAAUAAUAGUAGUAACAGUAUACAUAACCAAUCGUCUAAAGUGUUCAUCAUUCCUGAAAUGUGUUGUUCACCACGAUAUACAUCGCCUAGUGAAAUAAAGAAUUCUUCAAAUUCAUCUGUUGUAUUUAAAGAUUCCAAUUCUAUAUCAUCCACUUCUAUGCAUACUUGUUCGAGUAGUCCAGUUUGCACAGUCAAUUCAUGUAAUAUUGUUCUGUCAGAUGUACGAUUAUCAUCCCCUCUUCAAGCUACAUCAUCUUUCAAUUCCAUUAAUAAUAGUAAUAAUAAUAAUAGUAAUAGUAAUAUUAACAUCCCUAGUGUUCAUGUCAAUAGUUCAACUUCUUUUACACCUUGUCAUUCAGCGAAUCUUAAUUCAAUUACAUUUUCACCACCUAUUAGUGGUCAUAAUUUUAACAAAAAAUCUCAUCUAAUUCCAAUAACUACCCAAUUUAUUGAAUCACAUCUACCAUCACCUUCAAAUUAUACAAUUGGAAAAAAUCAUACUAGUGGAUUAUUUAAUCAUAAUAAUCAAACAUUUACAUCAAAUAUUUAUAAUCCAAAUCGUUCAUUAAUGAAUAUUAGGCCUAGUUUAUUAACUGUUCCACAGAAACCAUCUCUUCAGGUACGUUUUGCACCUCCUAUUCGUGUAAACCCAUAUAGUAAUAAUAAUAGUAAUACUAUUAGUACUACUAAUAGUAAUAAAAGAAUAUUGUUUAAUUCAUCAUUAGGAAGUCCAAUUUUCAAUCAUUCAAAUGUAAAUCAAAGUUCUACAAUUGAUAGUAUUGUAUCACCAAAUCUAUUACGUAAACAAUAUUAUUAUUAUGAAUAA